AUGUCUGCCUCAGGGCCUACGCCGCAAAUCGACUUGGAAAAAAUCAAGGCCGAGUCAGAUGGAUCCUUCACGGGCACUGCUCGGGCUAUGUUCGACCAGGUGGUCGUGAACAACCCGUACUUUGCUGCUGGUGGUGGACUUAUGCUUCUCGGAACAGGGCUAGCUUUGGCCAGGCUGGGCAUUGUUAAGUCGAGCGGGUUUUUGUACAGACAGCUUCUCGUAGAUUUGGAGAUUCCGUCAAAGGAUAAGCUGUACUUGUGGUUUUUGGAGUGGAUGGCCCAGUACAAGCAUCGGACCCUGAGACACUUGUCGGUAGAAACGAACUACAUCCAGCACGACAAUGGAGCCGUUUCUACAAAGUUCUCGCUUGUUCCUGGGCCUGGAAAGCACUUGAUAAAAUAUAAGGGCGCUUACAUGCUUGUGAAUAGAGAGAGAUCGGGAAAGCUUUUGGAUAUGACUUCUGGCACCCCGUUCGAAACCGUCACUUUGACCACCUUGUACAGUGACAGACACGUGUUUCUGGACUUGCUAGCCGAGGCAAAGAGGUUGGCGUUGAAGUCUCAAGAGGGAAAGACCGUCUUGUACACUUCGUGGGGUCCCGAAUGGAGACCUUUUGGUCAGCCUCGCAAGAAAAGAAUGCUUGGGUCUGUCAUACUUGAUGAAGGAGUCAGCGAGUUGAUCGUUAAUGACGUCAAGGAUUUCUUGGAUUCAGGUGAGUGGUAUCAUAAGCGUGGUAUCCCCUACCGCAGAGGGUACCUCCUCUAUGGACCUCCAGGAAGCGGGAAGACCUCUUACAUCCAGGCACUUGCUGGUGAGCUAGACUACAAUAUUUGCGUUUUGAAUCUUUCUGAAAGCAACUUAACCGACGACAGACUCAACCACUUGAUGAAUCACAUACCUCGCAGGUCCAUCUUGCUUUUGGAGGACAUUGACGCUGCAUUCAACAAGAGAGAACAGACCAGCGAUCAGGGCUACCAAUCUGGAGUGACCUUUUCUGGUCUCUUGAACGCUCUUGAUGGUGUUGUUUCCGCCGAAGAGUGCAUUACUUUCAUGACAACAAACCACCCGGAAAGACUCGAUCCUGCUCUUCUUCGCCCCGGCAGAGUUGAUUUCAAGGUGAUGGUGAACAAUGCCACAGAACACCAGGUGAGAAGAAUGUUCUUGCGUUUCUACGAAGACGAAAAGGACCUCUGCGAAAAGUUUGUCCAGAAAUUCAAAGACCUUGAUCUUCUUGGCAAAGUCAGCACAGCACAGCUUCAAGGCUUAUUCGUGUUCAACAAAAAAGACGCCAACGCUGCGUAUAACAUGAUAGAGACAUUGAAGAACCCUAAUAGUGUAUUUUGA